AUGGACGGCUGGAAAACAGACACCACACCGAGCGGGCGCCAGCUGUUGACGCCUACGACUGGGUCUUUCUCGGCGACAUUCCAGCCUCUGGACAGGACAAUAGAUCACCACGACCACGACCGCGACCACGGACACGGCCAUGACCAUGACCACGACCACGGACAUUGCGAUGGACACGAUCAUCAUGGCCAUUCGCAUGCCCACUCCCUUGGCCACGAUCACACGAAGCCAUCAUUAUUCACGAGGGUUCUGCUGAAGUACACGCCGGCGAUUCCGGUUCUCCACACUAUCCUCGUAGAGAAGGACUCAAGAAGGAUCUUCUACUUCAUGACUCUCAACUUCGGCUUCAUGGGCGUACAGGCUUUCUACGGCUACGUCACCGACUCCCUCGGCCUGCUAAGCGACACGAUCCACAUGUUCUUCGACUGUUUUGCCCUUUUCGUCGGCCUUUGCGCCGCGGUCACGAGCAAGUGGCCCCAAAGCCAGCGGUUUCCCUUUGGACUGGGAAAGAUCGAGACGCUGAGUGGUUUCGCCAAUGGCAUCUUGCUGAUGCUGUUGAGCGUUGAAAUCAUUGUAGAGGCCUUUGAGCGGAUAUGGGAGGGCCAGGAACUCCACCGGCUGAGAGAGCUUUUGAUUGUCAGCUUCCUGGGCGGUGUCAUCAAUCUGCUGGGUCUCUGGGGCUUCGGUCACCAUCAUCAUGGCCACGAUCACGGCCACAGCCACUCGCAUUCGCACGACGAACACGACCACGGGCAUGACCACUCGCACGGGAAGAAGCAUAGUCACGCACACUCGCAUCACAACGACAACAUGGAGGGCAUAUUCCUGCAUGUUCUGGCUGAUACGAUGGGAAGCGCCUCGGUGGUGCUGUCGACUAUCCUGACGUACUACACGGGCUGGACGUUCUGGGACCCACUCGCUUCUUGCGCCAUCGCCAUCCUCAUCUUCCUCGCGUCGGUCCCGCUCAUCAAGUCCUCUGCGCGCAACCUCCUCCUCAACGUCCCCGACGACGUCGAGUAUAACCUGCGCAACACGCUCGCGGGGAUCCUACAGCAGAAGGGCGUCGUCAACUACUCUGUGCCCAAGUUCUGGAUGGACGAUCGGAGCAGCGAGGACUCGGGCGACAAGCUGCAGGGAAUUGUGCACGUGGUGGCGGGCCGGGGCGCGAGUCUGGACGAAGUUCGGGACCGGGUGAGGGAGUAUCUCCUCAAGAACUCGAUGGACAUUGUGGUCCAGGUCGAAAGGGAGGGAGACGCCAGCUGCUGGUGCGGAGUGGGACGGUCGACGGGGCUGGCUACGACGCCGCUCAAGAGGACGUUUUAG